GUCGAAAGAUGAGGGUCACUCAGAGACGUCAUCUGUCAUUCCACUUUCUAUUGUCUUACAGUUCUUAGCACACACGGACCCACAGGUGCUAAGACACACUUUCAGGAUGGAAAAGAAAAAUGAAAUACAGGAGAGGUACAUGAAGUUUCCAAAUCUCUUUCAACUGGAGUACAACAAACAGCUUGAAAAGCAAGUGAUGACAAAGCUCGAGCGGAAGAAGAGUUGUUCCGCCACAGCAGAUGAAUUUGAAAGCGAUGUAUGCAAUCUGAACUGCCUCGCCUUUCUGCACCUGAAGCGCCAAAUGCUUCACAGGGCCAAGCCGAUAGUGGCCGAGGUCCUGGCCAAGGAUCCUCAGAACAUAACGGCGCUGGCCAACCAGUGCGAGCUCCUCCUGCUGUCCUUCGAUUUUAAGAAAGCCGCCGAGGCACUCGGUGAGCUGGAGGCGCAGAGGGACAACGAGGGAGCGAAUGCAAUGGCUCUGGCCGAGCAGGGCUACUUCCUGUCCCGCAUGGGCCCCCGCGUUUACCUGCAGGCCAUCGAAAAGUUCGAGCAAGCCAUCGAGAAGGGUCGAGGCCACUGCUCCCAAGACAAAAUAAUCUUCUGGCAUUACAACAUAGCCUUGAACUAUGACAGGAUUUCGAAAAUGGAGUUCGUGAGGGAGAACCCAGGUUUCUCGAUGGAAGAAUAUUUAAAAAAAGUGGUGCAAACACUGGCGCACGUCAUAUGCUCGAAGCACAAGAUUUAUGAGCCCAAAGCUUGGGUCGUUUUGGCCCAGACGGCGAAGGAAUAUUUUCGGAUCAUGAAAUAUCACAUAGAUUAUGAUGAAACGAAGAUCUUGCAGGUGACUGGGUUCAAACCAAUGACAAUGUCAGAUUGUUUUAAUCAGGCAAGUCAGCUGGCACCUGAUGACCCUUGGGUGCUGGGACGCGUCGGGCGACACUGCAGGCACAUUAAACAGAACAAGAGCGCUCUGGAGUUGCUCCAAAAGUCACAUGACCUCUGCCCAUCUGAGUUUGCUCUCCACCACCUCGGUUUGACUUACCGUACCCUCGCAGCGGAAGCCAACAGGCAGAGUCGUCAGGAAAAACCUCUAUUCAGGAAAUACAAGACCAUAAAUGAGGGUCCAAAUAUAGAUGUUGCUUCGUCAGUUAUACUCGGAGAAGACAACUCUAAAUUCAUUCUGCGAGUAAUAUGCCCAGUGACUUGCACGAAAAGAAGCUCUCCAACUAAAAGUCGUGCACCUACAUGGAAAAGUUGUAAAAGAGUAACAUAUGCCGGUGCUUACGAAAACUGCACCGACCCAAAGGUGAAUGAAUAUGUAAGCAAGGCUAUCGAUUGCUUUGAAAAGGCCAUUCAGCUUUCCGAAGACACAGCCCACAAGCUGCGCGUGGACCUGGCAGGAAUGUACUCUGCACGUGGCAUGCACACAGAAGCAGAUGAGUGCUACAUUAACGCUUUGCAGGAAGAUCGAAAAGUGACUCAUUACUCCCGUGCCUUUACACUGGAGAAGUGGGGCUUGGCUCAGCAUGAAUGUGGAGACCAGACUAAGAGCCAGCACCUCUUACGUAUGGCUAUUGAAGAGGCAGCCAAGGUGAACACGACACGCAAGGUGGCAUUUGAGAAAUUGAUUCAGGAGCUCGUGAAGUGCAAUAACACGAUGGAGCAAUCAGAUCUUCACCAACUUGUAGGGAACCACAGAGAGGCUUUGACCCUACUGCGAGAAGCAUACAAACAUAAUUCUAAUGAUCCAGAAAUACUGUGUCGGCUCAUCAAGAGCCUGGCUGCUGAAAAGGACUACGACACGGCUCACAUGUAUCUGGCGAUCCUGAAGAGAACUAAUGAGGGGCACGAUAAGAUCAGUCGUGAUCUCCAAGUUGAAAUAUGCUUUGGGGCAGCUGAGAUGAACAUGAAAAUGCUUUCUGUGGACAGUAAAACGGUGCUAGGAGAUCUGUAUGAGGAGCUCAUGGAAAACCAAGAGAAGCAACAGAGCAUAUUCAUGCUUCACAUCAUUGACUCAGACCAAGACUCAACGCUGGCUGAACACUUCCAGCAGUUGGCCAAAGAGAUAGGGGGGGUUAAGUGUGAGCUCCUCAGUGAAAAACCUGCUGGAAGGUUUUUAGUGAAUACAAUGUUGGAGGCGGUUGAUACACACAAUGCAAUCGUAUUGCUGAUAACCCCAGAAUUUGUUCAUCAUCAACCAACAUUGGAUCUCUGUAUAUAUCUCCUACAGAAGCCCUGUGUCUUGCUGUGUUUGUGCACCUCAAUUUCCAAGGAUCAAAUUCCCCCCAAGUUUCAAGAUAUUCAUCAGGCACCCUUCCCAGAGAUAUCGCGCUGUAAAGGUUUAACAGAAAACCAAGCUUCAAUCAAAAAAUUGCACAUGUGGAGGGGGAUCUUUGAUCAUUUGCUGGUUGCCAAAGACAAGGCAGGGGUGAAAGAACUUUCCCUGAAGGUCAAUUUCAUGGGAGUUUAAUUGCUUACAAAAAUGUAUCUUCAUGACUCGAAGACACAAUUUCCUCCAAGCAUUUGACAUAUUACGUCAUUGUCAAAUUUAGCAUGUAAAUUAUAUUUUAAGAAACAGAAAUUAAAUAAAACCAAAAAAAUAACAGUGGUUAUUAUGAAUAUAUUACAAUAAAAAAGGCCACAAUUCUAAAAUAUUCUUUGGUUUUUUCGGUAAA